AUGAACCCCACACGCUAUCUCACCCCGCUGACACAUCCCGUAGGUACUAUCUUGGCGCACGCGGAGGACCAGGGAAUCGUGGUAUUCCCGAAGGAGGAGUGCAUGAAGAUAUCGGCGAAAGGGGACCCCAACAAGUACUAUAGGUUCCACCGGCAGAAAGGACACGAUACAGACGAAUGCAUCCUCCUAAAAAGACAAAUCGAGCAGCUCAUCCAAAUGGGCUACCUCGGCCAAUUCAUUAAGAAGCCCGGCCAGGGGCAGGAACAGGCCCAGGGCCAGAAGCAGAGCAAUGUAUGGCGGAAGGGGGGUGGCCAGGCGCCAUCCAUCUCGGCUCCUCCCCGCAAGAGGGACCACCACGACCACAGUUCCGAUGAGGAGGAGAAGACGACGGAGGACUCCCAGCCCCCGAAGAAACGGGCCAUCUACGUCAUCUUUGGGGGGCCCGAGGGAGGGGAGUCGCUAGCCGAGCGAAAGAGGUGGGCGAGGAGCUUGUACGUAGGGGAGGUCACACGUACCCCCCACGAGAAGAAACCAAAGAGGGAGCCCAUCACGUUCACCGACGCCGACCUGCCAGAUGGGCCCCUCCCCCACCGAGACGCCCUGGUGGUCAAGCUGGACAUCAACAACGUGGUAGUGCACCGGGUACUCGUAGACACGGGUAGCUCGGUGAACGUCAUGUACUACGACACGUUCACCCAGCUGGGACUCUCAAGAGGACAACUGGAGCCGAUACGGACCCCCCUAUCCGGGUUCAUGGGGGACUCAAUUGAAACGGAGGGGUCGAUCAAUUUGGAGGUGGAGAUAGGCACGCCACCUCACACCAGGAGGUGGGAAGUCAAGUUCGCAGUCGUGAAAAUCAACUGCGCCCACAACAUCAUACUCGGUCGACCCGCCCUAGAAGACCUCAGGUGCGUAAUUUCCAUGGAACACCUGUGCCUCAAGUUCCCGACACCAGCUGGGGUCGGGGUCGCCCGGGGGGACCAAAAGGUAAGCCGCAGCUGCUACUUGAAGGCGUGCCGCCAGAUUGGUCAAAAGGACCUCCAGGUACAUACCAUCGCCGAGAAGGCGUUUCGGGAGGAGGUAGGUCGACCUCGGGCCGAGCCCGUGGUCGAGACAGAAGAGGUCAUCCUCGACCUCAGCCGACCCGACCGGGUUGUGAAGGUAGGGGUCGGCCUCCCGGGAGCUACAAGGAGGUCUUUGCAUGGGGUCCCGAGGACAUGCCGGGCCUCAGCUGAGACGUGA